UCACUCAGACUCAAAAGAGUGAUUGAUGUGUAAAUGAACGAUGUUCAUUAAUGUGACUCUAUCAGACUGAGCGCUGACGGCGGUCUCUCUGUUGAUUCAGACACGGUCCGCGUCACCACCACGGCUCAUCUGGCUCUGCUGGUGCCCAAGAACAUCUCUCUGUUCCCCAGCAACAGCGAGCUGUGUGCAGACGGCUUCAUCGACGUGUGGUGGAUCGUGCACGACGGCGGGAUGCUGAUGCUGCUGCCCUUCCUGCUGCGCCAGCACAAGGUGUGGCGGAAGUGCUCCAUGCGGAUCUUCACCGUGGCUCAGAUGGAAGACAAUUCCAUCCAGAUGAAGAAGGAUCUGGCCACGUUCCUCUAUCACCUGCGCAUCGAUGCCUACGUGGAGGUCGUGGAGAUGGUAAAUAACCUUCUGUUAUUUAACACGAGCGCCAAAGACACUCUCCAAUCCUGUUAUGAUCCUUCAUCUGAUCCUGAUCAUCCACAUGACUGCUAAUAUCA